AAUAAUCUAAUAGAAAAUUUUUUUUAUUUAACCGCAAUAGAAAUUUUUUAUUUAUACUUCUAAGUGAUAAUACUCAAUUUUCAGAUGUUUACACACACUGUGAGAAAUGGAUUGGGAUAACUUGAAAACCGUAGCAAAAUUUGAUGAAAAUAUAGAAAAAGUAAAUAAAAUAAGUAAAGAUUUCAACGUAAAUAAAUUUUCCACAAUUACAAAUGAAACAAGUUUAAGAAAUUUAGAUGAAAUUUUACCAUGUUCUACUGCUUCCACAUCGAAUAGUCUUUUGAUAGAAAGUUUGGUACAACUAUUAUGUAUGCUUUUAGAUGAUGAUCCAAAUAAUGCAACAACUUCAUAUAAAGCAAUAUGUGAGCAAUUAGAAGCAGUUAGCCUUAUUGAUGAUUCUCAUUCCUUAAAAGAAUUUGAAGAAAUUCGAGGUCAAUAUCAAAUGCAGAUAUACAAAAUUAUAUGUGCAGCUAGAGGUCAAGAUAUUCCUAUUCAAUUACCAGCAGCAAAAAAACAAGAAAACGUCGAAACCUGUUGGUCUAGAUACAAACGAGAGUUUGAUGAGUUAUCAUUUAUUGCAAGUGGUGGUUUCGGAAAAGUAUUCAAAGCAAAACAUAAAUUAGAUUGCAUUGAGUAUGCUAUUAAGCAAAUCAAAAUUAAUUCAACUACAAUAAAAUUAUGUCAUUUAGCUGAAGUUAAAACAAUAGCCAAACUAAGUCAUCCUAACAUAGUACAAUAUAAAGCUGCGUGGCUCGAACCAGAUUAUGAUUAUAAACAUAAAAAGAAAGUCAGUAUAUUGAAAAAUCAGAAUUCUCUGGAUACAAUUGAUAACUUCAGUGACAAUCUAAAUUGUGUUUCCAAAGAAGAUAGCGAUAGUUCCUCUGAUUUUAUUCAGUUUGAAAAAUCCUCUGUAGAAAAUAGUUUUAACAGUGUUCAUGAAAUAGAAAUAUCUAAUAGUACGAAGAAUGAAAAAUCAAUUAAAAGGAAAACUGUUUGCAAAUACCAAAGCAGAUCGGACAUAGUUAAUAAAAAAAGGUCAGCAAUUUUAUAUAUUCAAAUGUCACUUUGCCAAUUAACUCUAACGAAAUGGCUUAAUGAAAGAAACCAAAGUUUAUCAUUUGAAGAAUUUUAUCGUGGUUUUUUUAUGGAAAAUUAUGAACUUAAUCAUUUUGAUAUCACUUAUGACAUAUUUUUUCAAAUUUUGUGCGGUAUUGAUUAUAUUCAUUCAAAAGAUAUUAUACAUCAUGAUAUAAAACCUAGCAACAUUUUUUUAAAAUUAGAAAAUGGAAAAUUAAACGCGCAGUUAGGAGAUUUCGGUUUAGCAUGCCCUUUGCAAGAUAAUCAUAGAGGAAUUGCUUUAGGAACAGAAAUGUAUGCUGCCCCCGAGCAAUUACUAGGUGAUUGUAAUCCAAAAAGUGAUAUUUAUAGCCUUGGCAUUGUAUUAUUAGAACUUCUUUCGAAAUUUCAAACCGAUAUGGAACGUGUCAUUGUUAUAAAAAAAGCGAGAAAUGGAAUAUUUCCUGAGCAAUUAAACAAACAGUCGAUAAAAUUGCUUAGAAGUCUGUUAGGCUGCAUUAAGGAUAGACCUACCACAAAAGAAUUAAUAGAAGCCGUAAGAAAUGUGAGAUUAGAAAGUAGUUUACGAGGACUCAAUACAUCACAAGUCGAUUUGAAAUCUAUUCAAGAUGCUCAAAUUAAGCAGUUAAAGAAAAGAAUAGAAAAAUUGGAAAACAAUGAACAAUUAAUAAAAAAACUUACUGAAGAAGUUGAAGCUAAAGAUAGGUUAAUAUUAAAGUUAAAACAAAUCAUUAAAUCAAGAGAUGUAGAAAUCUGUAAUUUGAAAAAACUUCUUAAUAUAUAAAAGAUAAGCGCAUACAUUUCGAGUUAUUUUUAUUUUUUAAUUUUUGUGAGCAAUCAAUUUAGCGGGGAGAAUGUACUAGAAAAACAUUUAUGUGCAUAUUUACAUCUCAACUAAAACUGCAAUAUAUUUCAUGGAUAAAUGUAUCCAUUCAAAAUACAUUUAAAUAAAAGAGUUUUUGAGAAAAAAGUUUGUGAUUGGAGUGUAAGACAAAUAAAAUCAUCAGUUAUCGUUAAAAUGUUACUUCUUUGUAAUUCAUUAUUUAUCAAAAUUAAUAAAAUUCACUUUUUGA